AUGACUAUGAAGAUGAAGAUGGGAGAGAGGAUUGACCUUUUCCUGUGGGUGGUGUCUGCUUGCCUCUGCCUCACUCUCACUGGUGCGUCAGAGACAGAGAGGCUGCUUCACCAGAAGAUCUUCCAGAACUACAACCUGAAGGUCCGGCCAGCUAAACAAUGGGAGGAGAAAGUCCAGGUCCGCGUGGGGAUGACCCUCUCCCAGCUCGUCAGCCUGAAUGAGAAGAACGAGGAGAUGACAACCAAUGUGUUCAUGAAUAUGGCGUGGACCGACUACAGAUUAUCAUGGAAUCCGGAGGAUUACGAUAAUAUAGAUGUCCUCAGGAUUCCUCCCAACAAGGUGUGGCGGCCAGAUAUCUACCUCAUCAACAAUAAUGAUGGUCAGUUUGACGUGGCUCUGUAUGUCAACGUGCUGGUCUACAGUGAUGGGACAGUCAACUGGCUGCCUCCUGCUAUCUACCGCAGCAGCUGCCCUAUAGAGGUGGCGUACUUUCCGUUUGACUGGCAGAACUGCACCAUGGUGUUCCGCUCCUACACCUACGACUCAUCAGAGGUGGACCUGCAGUAUGCCCUGGAUGAGAAAGGAGAGGAGAUACAUGAGAUUAUCAUAGAUGAGAACGCCUUCACUGAGAACGGGGAAUGGGUGAUCUGCCAUAAGCCCAGCAGAAAGAACGUGAACCCCGAGGACCUGUAUGAAGACAUCACCUUCUAUCUUAUCAUCGAGAGGAAGCCUCUCUUCUACGUCGUUAACAUCAUCGUGCCCUGCAUCCUCACCAUGGUCCUGGCCAUCUUUGUCUUCUAUCUACCACCUGGCGCAUGUGAGAAGAUGACCCUGUCUAUCUCUGUCCUCAUCGCUCUCACUGUGUUCAUGCUACUGCUGGCUGACAAGGUCCCCGAGACCUCCCUGGCCAUCCCUCUUAUUGUUAACUAUGUCAUGUUCACCAUGAUCCUGGUCACCUUCUCAGUCAUCCUCAGUGUGGUGGUCCUCAACUUGCACCAUCGGACCCCCUACACACACAUUAUGCCCCCUUGGGUGCGCAAGGUGUUCAUCCACUUCCUGCCGAAGUACCUGGGCAUGCAGAGGCCCCACCCAGAGGAGCCUUUGGAGGAGGAGCCUAGUGAUGACACGCCCAUCCAGAGCAUCGACGGACGCAGGCCGGGGGGAGAGUACUUCUUCAGGAAGAUCAACCCUGAACUGGUCCUACCCUGGAGAGGCAGGAGUGAGAGUACAGUACAGCUCCAGAGGUUCUUUGACAGUGACAACUACUGUCUGAUCCUCCCCCCGGACCUCAAGUCAGCCAUCGCUGCCGUCACAUACAUGGCUGAGCAGCUGAAGAAGCAGGAUGGCACCGACUCGGAGACAGGAGACUGGCAGUACAUAGCCAUCGUGGUGGACAGGCUGUUCCUGUGGCUGUUUGUCAUCAUCACUACUCUGGGGACUCUGGCCAUGUUCAUGGACGCCAAACUCAACUACACCCCAGACGAACCUUUCCCCCUGAGAACGUAG